CCCUCUCAACUCACUCGCAACAACAUGUCCGCGUCUGCUACUUUCAAAUCCAUCCGUUCCCUUCAACCCCUUCUCGAUCGAGUCUUGGUACAAAGAUUCAAAGCCGAAACCAAAACCGCUACUGGCUUAUUUCUUCCUUCCACGGCCACCUCUUCCCCGUUACCCGAAGCGACCGUGAUCGCCGUCGGUCCCGGUGCUCCUAACAAGGAGGGGACCGUAGUGCCCGUCUCUGUUCAACCAGGGGACAAGGUGUUAUUGCCCGGAUGGGGCGGGAACCCCAUCAAGGUCGGUGAAGAGGAAUACCACCUGUUCAAGGAUUCGGAAAUCUUGGCCAAAAUCAAUGAAUAGAUGAGGAAAUAACACAAAAAUCAGUGGGAAAGAUGGGAUAAGGGGUGUCAUCAGGGGUUUGUCCAAUCUUUCCUUCUCAAACGCAUGCAGCAUUCACCGCUC